CAAACCCGCUUGAGAGUUGAGGUCAUAAGGAUUAAGGAUUGACGAAGGAUUGGAACGAAACCUUGUACGUGAGUAGCUACCCAUUCGAAUAGAGACGACUGCAGGAAACCAGGAGUGCGCUGCGCGUGAGUCCAGAAUCACUUCAUCCGGACGCGGAGAGGGCGGCCGCAUACCAGGAAAUUAAGUAGACCUUCGCUAGUUCGGCUUUGUGAUUUUGGCUGUUUUCUUGCACUGAUUAUUGAGGCUACAACAAACAGGCUGUCAAUUACACGAACUGGUGCCAAGAAUGGUUUCUGAAUUAAUUAAUGCUAAUCCUAUUAUUUAUGAGAAGAGGGAACGUAGAGCUCGGUGUACACCCGUUGAUAAGGAUGAAUCUGCUGUGGAACCUAUUGACCAAGAAGAAAUAUUUGAUCAUCUUAGAGACAUAAAAGAUCCAGAGCAUCCUUAUUCUUUAGAAGAGCUGAAAGUUAUUACAGAAGAUGCCAUUGAAGUAGACGACAACAGGAGUUAUGUUAGGGUAACAUUCACCCCAACUGUGGAGCAUUGCAGUAUGGCAACCAUCAUAGGCUUAUGCUUGCGGGUCAAACUCUUGCGUUGCUUGCCUUCUCGUUAUAAAGUUGAUAUUAAAAUUGCACCAGGAGCACAUGUAUCUGAAGUUGCAGUAAAUAAGCAAUUGAACGACAAGGAGAGAAUUGCUGCUGCUUUGGAAAGUCCUUACCUUGUAGACAUACUUGACGAGUGCCUUGCACCAUCUUAUCAAACUUGACAACGGAGACUUGCUGCUGCUUAUGAAUAUAUAGGAGAAUGGUACUUACUCUUUGGUACUUUGCUACAGACUAUACACUGCACAUCUUUGAUGCCUUCCUGUCUCAAGCUCCCUUCUCUAAAGGCUCAUCUUAAUCUUAUUACUGACGUCGAUUUUUUGAAAAAGGUUCAGUAUUUUGUAUCUUUGUGUUAAAAAAUGGCAAAGUUCAUAGCAUUUUUGUCUGUGGUUAAUAAACAAAUUAAACAACGAUUUAUAUAUUGUUCAGAAAUUCCCUACACUAGUCCAUGUACAUGGUUUAGGAACGUCUUAGUGUUCAUCUCCCACUGUUGUCAUCUAUUAAGAAUAUGGCAGCACACAACAAUGGGUAUUGAUAGAAAAUUGAGGAAUGGAUGACCCUGAACCUAAAUGCAUGAUGGUGCAUUUAUAUCGAGAUCCAUUUCUCUGAACAUUAGCGUGAUUUUAAUGGGGGAUUAUCUCACUCAGAAAAUGGACUUCAGUGUUUCAGGUUGAAUAAUUUGCAUUGCGA